AUGACCUGCGCAGAGGAGGAGCAGCUAAACAGGAUUACGCCCGAUGAGGGCAACUUGUCCGAAGAGGACAAGAACAAAGAGACAAAUCUGAAUGAUGAGAUCAAUUGCAUCAAAGAGGCGGGAACGGACGACAUCAAGUGCAUGAAGUGCAAGGAGCCGAAGGACGACGAGGCCAGCACAGUCGAGAGCGAGCGGGUCUACGAGGAGGUCACUGAGACCUCCCUUUGGCUCGAUGUAAAGCCUGGCCUGGACAAGACAGAUCCUCAGAAGAACGCCGUUCUGGAGCAGGUCACCGCUCUCGGAGAUGAUGUGUUCGGAGACGACCCGUUGGUUGGUUGCUCCAAGCGCGGUGGCUGGAGAAUGCACGUUGCUGUCGGUCAGGCGGCAGAGAAGACCGUUCUCCUGGGUUUCAUUGUCUGGCGCAUUAAGCCGGAGCGCAAUAUGCUCAUC